AUGUCUGUCCCAACAUUCCGCGUCUAUGGAAAGCCUGCCGAGGAUGAAGUGGUUCACAACACUUGCGAGACCCCAAAUGACUACUGGCUCUGCGUAAACGGACCGUACCAAGAUUAUGCCACCAAGCUGUGUAACUCGAACCCAGCCCUCGCACAGCCUGACCCGGAAAAUUCCUCCAUCCCACUCAGUCGCAGGAAAGCACAACUUCAAAAUCGCCCCGUUGGAUCAAAGAAUGUGUGGAUCAUUGAGAACAUCAAUCGCGAUAUGGUUGCUCUUCUGGGCGGCCACUUCAAAAUGGAUCCGGACUUCUUCCUUGGCUACGAGCGAUCAUCAAAAUGGCGACGAUGGGACCACGAACCAAAUCUCACUCCAGCAUUGCCAGCGCAGAUCAAUAGCGGGAAGUACUUCACCCUCAAAUACUGCGAUUUGCGGGACUUUGGGCCUGAAAUCGAUUCCUAUAGUGUGUCUUGCGCGGACACGGGAAGACAUUUAUACCGGACGAAAUGGGAGGGGUACUGGGUUAGCCCGUCAAUUGUGGAUCGCAGAUGUUCCGUGUACCGUCGGACUACCGAGAACGGUGGAUGGGAUAUCUUGAUCCUUUGCGAUCCCCCAUUCAACCGUGUUCACGUCUGGAAACCUCAAUCAACAAUAAAUGAAAGUGAGUACCAGUCCCAAGAAAUAGUACUGCAUUGGGAUCGCCCAUUCCAACGUGGAUACCCUGACUUCGUUCCACGAUCAGACUCGCUUUCUGAUGUCUUGUCUGGCCCUCCUCGAGAUUCGCUACGCGGAGACCUGUGCUACUAUCUAUUGAACCAUACACGGCUUUUCCCUGCCCAAGCCCUGCCACACGGAGACGACAUUCCAUUCUUUAUUCUCCGGAAAAUCAUUGCAUCGCACUACAUGCAACUUAUGAGUUUCACUGCUUCAUAUCUUGCGCAAUCAGAAUGGCCCCUGCUCCGUCAAGAAAGCCUUGAAGAUUUCACAACCACUUGGGCACAAGGCCGCUGGAGUGAAAUUCAAGGGGUGGCUCGCCGCUGCAACGAAUAUGUCGAGAACUUGGAAUCCCUGUUCCUGAGCCUGAAUGUACCGUUCGACGAACCAAAAAUCACUGUCGGGAUAGACUGGCGAAAUACGAAUCUUGAUUUUCAAUUCAUCCUCCACCGUGCGAAGGCUGUUAAAACACGAGCGGAUGAACUAAACAAUGCCUUCACUGGGCUGACGGGAAUCGUGGGAAACGCUCAAGCCAAUCGUGAAGCCGAACGGUCUCUAAUUGAAGCCAAGCGCUCGGUCCGUGAAGCAAAGAACAUGCGGGCGCUCACUUUGAUCGCGAUGAUAUUCAUUCCCUUGGCUUUCACUUGCGGGCUGUUUAGCAUGAGUGAUGGCUAUAUUCCCGGGGGAGGAGAUUUCUGGGUCUUCUUUGCCGUCAGCGUGCCUUUGGUUGUGCUGGUGUUUUUUGGAGCCCUUUUGGGUGAGCUGGGUUACGACGAGGAUGGAGUAUGGGUGUGGAAAACCUUUGGCUUGAAUAUAAAGAGAAAAUUUAUGCUAAGGAAAAGAUGA